CGCCCCCGCUGCCCAUGGCGCACGGUCAUUGGGCAGGCGCGCUGUCCGUCCUGCCCCUCCACCGCCCAGCGAACCUCCAGCGCCGUGCAGGGCUGGGGCGGCGAGAGCGGCGCGGCGCUGGGUGCUGGCGGGCUUCGGGGAGACGCCGAGCGAACGCGGCCGGCGCCGGAUAGGGGACUCGCUGCCUGCAGCAAUGACCCUCACAAUCUGUUCUGCGUUCUCGGCCGGGGGCGUAUAAUACCCACACAGCCGCGCGCAGCUGCCGGUUGCUGGCCGCUGCCCCCUCUUCGCCCUUGGCGCCUUAUCACGCUCCCUUUCCCGGAGCCGGAGCAGCGCGGGCAGCCGGCGCCCCUGUACAAACUGGGGGUGUCUGCUGGAGCAGCCGCCGCUGCUGCCCCUGGCUCUGGCCAUGGCCUGGUGGGGCGCAGGGCCGGGCGUCCUGGGGGCGCCCAGGGGCGCAGGUCUCAGCCUGCGGCCGCUGUUGCUAUCACUACUGCUCCUGGGGCCGGUGCGGGGCUUCGGGGACGAGGAAGAGAGGCGCUGCGACCCCAUCCGCAUCUCCAUGUGCCAGAACCUGGGUUACAACGUGACCAAGAUGCCCAACCUUGUGGGGCACGAGCUGCAGACGGACGCCGAGCUGCAGCUGACAACUUUCACGCCGCUCAUCCAGUACGGCUGCUCCAGCCAGCUGCAGUUCUUCCUUUGUUCGGUUUAUGUGCCAAUGUGCACAGAGAAGAUCAACAUCCCCAUCGGCCCGUGUGGUGGCAUGUGUCUUUCAGUCAAGAGACGCUGUGAACCUGUCCUGAAGGAAUUUGGAUUUGCCUGGCCAGAGAGCCUGAACUGCAGCAAAUUCCCACCACAGAAUGACCACAACCACAUGUGCAUGGAAGGGCCCGGUGAUGAGGAGAUGCCAUUACCUCACAAAACCCCCAUGCAGCCUGGGGAGGAGUGCCAUGCCGUGGGAACCAACUCCGAUCAGUACAUCUGGGUGAAGAGGAGCCUGAACUGCGUGCUCAAGUGUGGCUACGAUGCUGGCCUUCACAGCCGCUCGGCCAAGGAGUUCACCGACAUCUGGAUGGCCGUGUGGGCCAGCUUGUGCUUCAUCUCCACCGCCUUCACCGUGCUGACCUUCCUGAUCGAUUCUUCCAGGUUUUCCUACCCCGAGCGCCCCAUCAUAUUCCUCAGUAUGUGCUAUAAUAUUUAUAGCAUUGCUUAUAUUGUCAGGCUGACUGUAGGCCGGGAAAGGAUAUCCUGCGAUUUUGAAGAGGCAGCAGAACCUGUUCUCAUCCAAGAAGGACUUAAGAACACAGGAUGUGCAAUCAUUUUCUUGCUGAUGUACUUUUUUGGAAUGGCCAGUUCCAUCUGGUGGGUCAUUCUGACACUCACGUGGUUUUUGGCAGCGGGACUCAAGUGGGGUCAUGAAGCCAUUGAAAUGCACAGCUCUUAUUUCCACAUUGCAGCCUGGGCCAUCCCCGCAGUGAAAACCAUUGUCAUCUUGAUUAUGAGACUGGUGGAUGCAGAUGAGCUGACCGGCCUGUGCUAUGUCGGCAACCAGAACCUGGAUGCCCUCACUGGCUUUGUGGUAGCUCCGCUCUUCACUUACUUGGUGAUUGGAACUCUGUUCAUUGCUGCGGGUUUGGUGGCCUUGUUCAAAAUUCGGUCCAAUCUUCAAAAGGAUGGGACAAAGACAGAUAAACUGGAAAGGCUGAUGGUCAAGAUUGGGGUCUUCUCAGUCCUGUACACGGUUCCUGCAACCUGUGUGAUUGCCUGUUAUUUCUAUGAAAUCUCUAACUGGGCGCUCUUCCAGUAUUCUGCAGAUGACUCCAACAUGGCGGUUGAGAUGUUGAAAAUUUUUAUGUCUCUGCUGGUGGGCAUCACUUCAGGCAUGUGGAUUUGGUCCGCCAAAACUCUUCACACGUGGCAGAAGUGUUCCAACAGAUUGGUGAACUCGGGGAAGGUGAAGAGAGAAAAGAGAGGGAAUGGUUGGAUGAAGCCCAGCAAAGGCAAUGAAACUGUGGUAUAAGGCUAGCCAGGGGCCUCCACGAUUCUCAAAUUUUGAAGGGGGGAAUGCCAGCAUUUUCAGUGCAAAAGCUACUAAAAGUUUCGUGCAGUGAGUCUCAGUUUGAACAAACUAGCAACACUUAAGGGACCCCCAUAACCCACCUCCACUCCCCCACCCUAUGCUCAGCAUCAUAAAUCUAACGAUUUUGCUGCAGACUUUGGACUGAUCCAAAAUGGAAAAGCCAGUUAGAGGCUUUCAAAGCUGUGAAAAAUCAAAACAUUGAUCACUUUAGCAGGUCGCAGCUUGGAGCGUGGAGGUCCCGCCUAGAUUCCAGGUGGUCCAAGGUGGUGGCUGCUUUUCUCUGCAGGUGGGAUUUGAGCUGUGAGUAGGUAACUCACAAGGAGAAAGAUUCACUUUUUUUUAACACUUUAAAAAUUUUAAAUACUGACUGGGUCUUUCAGAUAGCAAAGCAAUCUAUAAACACUGGAAAUGCUGGGUUCAGAGAAGCGUAACAAGAGUUUUAUAGUUUGGCUGAUCUAACAUAAACAUUUUCCGUGGUGCACUGUCUGCUGUUUAGAACUUUGCGGAUUGCUCUCCCAAGAGGUGGUGUCAGAAUCUUUCAGUGCCUUGAUCAUAAAACAGAAUUGUUUGAACAAACAGAAGUACUGUACAAACACAUGUAAGGUAUCCAGUGGAUUUUUCUUCUCGCUUCCUCUCAAAUUUCAACAUCUCCCUUCUAGGCUGCUGCUGUUUUCUUCAUUGUACAUUAAUGAUUCAAAAUAGGCAUUUUUAUAGGAAUUUUUGCACUGCAGCCUGCCUAAUUAAGGGGGGAAGGGUGAUUCACUUUCUGACAAUCACUUAAUUCAGAGGAAAAUGAGAUUUACCAAGUCUACUUACUUUACCGACCCCAGAGACCUAUUGCAUUGAGCAAUGGGGACUUAAUAUAUUUUACUUUGUGUGAUUGCAUCUCUGCAGACGCCAGUCUGAAAGAGCUAAAAUGUUGAGUUUCUUGGCAACUUUGCACUCACGCAGAUUAACUGUGUAAUUUGUGUGUGUCAAUUACAAUUAAAAGCACAUUCUUGGGCCAUGACAUAGUAGUAUACUCAACUGACUAAAACUUUGGUCAUCUUGCAUUCUUUGAAUGAUAGUGCCUUUUUUUGCAUUUAGCAUAAGAAUGUUAUCAGAGUCUGGUCUACUUACCACAAUGGUGACUUUUUCAGUUUCAUCGCAGGAGCUAAGGACAGCUAAUCCAACUGCUUGGUCCAUAAUUGUUUCCUAGUAAUUGGUAAAGGCUCCUUAUAACAUUUCAUUGGAGGCAGUGUGGCCUAGAGUAUUUAUAUGGUGCUUAAUGAAUCUCCAGAAUGCCAGCCAGGAGCUUGAUUGGCUAGUAGGGAAUAAAGUAUAGACAUAUGAAAUGAACUGCACACUCUAACUAAACACAGGUCUUAAUUGCCUUUUGCGGAGGUAUCCAGAGCUUUUAAAAUUUAUGCUUCAUGUUCCUCACAAGGGGGUGCCCCCCCUAGUAGCCUCUCAAGAGUUGCAGUCCUUUAAAAACUGUAACUGGCCUUUCUCUUAACUCGCCUUAGGCCUUCUAACCACCAGAUCUCUGGGACAAAUUGUUGCAGGACUUGCCUCGUAACCCAUAUCUGUCUUUGCUUCAGCAACUACUUUGCGAUGACCAUUUAUUUAUUCAUGCCCUGCCCCCCCCCCCACUUUUAAAAACAGGUAGGAAACCUCUUUUGUCACAUUUCUUUGUGACAUUUCCAGGGACUCAGAAUUCCAAAGACCUAGUCAAAUUCUGGGAAUAAGCAUGUCUUUUUUUGUUCGUUUGAGCUUUAUACCGGUGAUGUGACAUUUUCCUUCCCUGUUCCUCUGUUUUCUCCUGGUCCUUGAGCUGUCGGAGCUGCACAUGGAUGUUAGGUGUGAUAUGUUGUUUGGAAGGGAAAGUCUUGGGGCCUUGGGGACAGAUGCUAAGUGGGCAAGGUGGCCCCUGUGUGUGCCAAGCCUGAGCAUCGUAGCUGGGCUCAGGGUCAGGGCUCUGGGAGCAUGAGAAAUGAUGCCCAGAAGGAUUAGUUGAAGUCCAUCUGAGGCUAUGUCGCCUCUGAGAUGUAAAAUGUGAACUCCCUGCGCUGCUUGCUGACAGUUCCCAUAGCUGCCCGGGGCCUGGAGUGUGCACCCAGGGGCAGAGCCUGCCCUUACUCACGCUCCACUCUAGUGUCUUGGGAGUUGUGCAGGGAUUCUGGCCCAGGAAGGGGAAGAAGGACCGUGCGGCCGAGUGGAGGGGUUCGUGAUGCAAUUUCCUUUAUAAUGUUUCAGUGCCGUGUGACCAAGGCAGCACCUAAGAGAGGGCCAGGCACAUAGCAGCUGCUCAGUACUUGUGAAUGAUGAAAUAGUAACAAUCAUAAAAGUAGUUGGGUGAACCUGGAAGGCCAAGUUCUGGAGCUAGCCUCCCUGGGUUUUAACAUGUCUCCCAGCAAUCUCUUGCCUUCCUAGGGGGAAGUAUCCUCCAUCUGAAGUGGCUGUCAUACAGACUGGAUUAGUAGCCUUAGCGAUGUCACAGGGGUAUAGUCCUUUCCUUUCACAUUCCAGACAAUGGAGACUGUUUAUGGUUUCAGGAAAGGGGCUUUGUGGCUGAGGAGUCAGUUACCAAUUACCUUGAAGUGACUCCACUACUUCUUAAGUAUGUACUUGUUUUGUUUUGUUUUUAAAAAGUCAAUUAUCAACACAUUUAUUGAGUACCAACUGUGUGUAAGGCCCUGUGUUAGGUGCCUAGGGGAUGUCACAGAGGAUAAGCUCUGGUCUGAUAGACCUAGACCAGGGAUGCUCUUAGGUCUUUUGAACUUUUCUGUUGGUUUUGGGAAGAAGCAGGGUCCUCUGAAUCACCAUCUGUUUCACUGUCUCCAUCCCAAAAUCUCUUGUUGGGACUUUCUACCUUUAACACAUCUUUCAUUUAACACAUCUUCCCAGAGUUCCCUGAAAAUCAAUUACUGGGGUUUUCACAGAAAGCAUCAGCCCUGUUUCAUGGCUUUCUCCAUGGAAUAAGAAGACUAUGAAAACUGGCUAUAGGGGUUCCUCCCACAUGAGUGCCCACAUCUAACAUGGCUUUGCAGGCAGGCAGUUCAGGGCUUGGGUGUUCCAUGUGACUUGUACAGGUGACUUUGAAGAUAGCCUCUUGAGGUUAGGUUGUUUUUCUUUCUCUGAAAUCUAGAAUAAGUAGGUAGGAUGGUAGCUUCCUAUAAAAUCCCGUGACCACCAGAGAUUUUAUUAAUAGGGCCCAAGGGCACUUCUGUCUGGCCUUCUCCCCAGCAAACACCUUUCUCCUCCUUCAUAAAGGUCACACCUCACAGCAGAGGGACAUGGAGUAGGGUGAAACUGGUCAGAACCACUGGUUGAGCUACUCGGUUAAUUCAUAUCCUUUUUUCCUUUAUGGAGACCUAUUUCCUGAUCUCUGAGACUGCUUCUCAGGGACCUGAAAUUGGAGAAGAGGUGACACUUUUUAUUUCCCUGAGAUGCUCUCUGACUCUCCUUUCCCAGGUCACUCUCUCGCCUGCACCCACCUAACCUAGAAUCCAGGAAACUUCUAGGUUUUGAAUUGUGACUAUUCCAGCACCCCUAGCUCUAUCUUCUCUGGCCCUCCUCAGCUUCCUGUCACUGAAUUUAGUGCUUACCCUGUUGGGAAGCAAGCUAGAACCUGAGGAUGCAAAGAGGAGCUUGACAGUCAGCCUCAGCCCUGAAGGGCAGACUCAAUUUAAGGGGAUUUCCCCACGAUAGUGCAAUCUUUGGCUUCUGGUGAGGUGGCCAUCACAGCAGUUAGAGAAGAGAGCCACAGAGCACAGACUUGGGAAGGAGCCCCCAGAAUUGAUCUACAUCCUGAAUCUUAUUCUGUGAUGGAAAGGAUUGGAGGGAGUUGCUCUUCUAGCCAGUUACAAUGAGUCACUGGACUUUAGCACUUCUUUUUGUUCCUUUAUUGUAUUUGGGUUCAGAGUCCAUGUCUGGGUUUGUCUUGUACCUGGCAAAGGACCCAAGUUAACCAUUUUUCCUCCGGACCUAGGUCACAGAUCUUGGAAACUCCUAGAAGAGCAUGUGGCUCCUACCAGGGGUCAGAUACCAGAGCUUUACAGAAUGGAUUUUGUUUCACUGGCCUGGGCAGAACUCUCUGCCAUGCGUAUAUGCAGGACUGGCACACUGGACAGUACCAGGAGGGAAGUGAACCCAGAUAACCCUGACAGGCCUCUCCCCCUUAUAAGCCCCGUUGCCCUAUCAUAGCCUGUUUCUGUUUCUGAUUUGCCUUACUUCUUUUCUUUCUAUUUCUUCUUUGCACCAGCAAAUAUCCAGUAUUCACCCAGGCAAUUUGUAGAGGGCCUGUGUGAGGUCCUGUAUGAGCUGUGUCCUCCAAGCUUUUGUAGCUCCCUGAUCUCCUACAAUAUUCAAUACAUGACCACUGUCACCCCCGAAGGUUUCUGGGAAGAGGGACAAGAGCAGCUCUGGGCCCUGAAGGCUGGGUCCACAUCCUGUUCCUGGGCUGGGGCUCUGGCUUGGCUGUGGGCUUUGGGAGGGAGAGGCUGCUUUCUACAUCUCUCCCAGAGGGGCAUCUAGGUGGUUCUGGAUUUUCUCCUACCUCACAGAGAUGUUGUGAGACUUGAGAAGGUAUGGGGAUGAAGGCCUCUCGAGCUCUUUGUAGGAAAAGUGGAAUAAUCACACGUGGUCCAUGACAAGAUGAAAAGUGACUCAGCCUGCAGUCAAGCCAGCACUCGGUGGCCCCUUGUGGAUCCCCAUGCCAGCCUGCAGCUCCAGCCUCCUGGAGGCCAACCUGGGGGUUUUUCAGGUGUUUGACAAAGAGGUACCAGGCAAACCCCUGCUACACAUGCCCUGAACAAAUUGCUAACAUCAAAGAAAAUGGACCCUGCUUUUAAAGAUGUACAAGCGUAUGUCUGCAUUGAUGUCUGUACUGUAAAUUUCUAAUUUAUCACUGUACAAAAAAAAUAAACUUUGCUAUUUAAUUUUUGUAUUAAAGGAAAUAAAAGUUUUGUUUAUUAA